AUGUUUGUAGGGUUACACGAUCAAGUGUCACGUUCUCCAAUAAGUGAUGUACUUAUACUUCGCGACUUUCGACACGAUACUCCACAAGAUACUCCUGGACUUCUUCUCGAUAGACUAAAAACUUGGCAAAAAGACCAUGGCACCGAACAAGAUCCGCCUCCAAUAUUUAAUGUGGACGGUUUACAUUUCCUUUUUGCAAAUAUACAAGGACUUUAUUUUGUUUGUAUUACAAAGUUCAACGUUUCGCCCUUUAUGACCUAUGAAUUACUUGGACGCGUUGCAACUUUGAUAAAGGACUUUUGUGGAAUAUUAAGCGAAGAAAGCUUACGACUAAAUUCUAGUUUAGUUUACGAAUUGCUUGAUGAGAUAAUUGAUUAUGGAUACGUUCAGACAACCUCAACAGAUCGAUUAAAAUCUUAUGUAUAUGAAGAUCCAAUUCAGGUCAAACGUGAAAACAUAUUAAUGAAUUCUCUAGCAAAGUUAAAAGCACCAGGGACAAGUUUGGGAUCUUCAAGCAACAGACCAAUUACGCAUUCACGUGAUGAAAAAAGUGUUAAACCAAAUGAUGUCUUUAUUGAUGUUAUAGAACGACUUGUCGCUUCCUUUGCUUCCAAUGGGAUGACAGUACGAGCAGAAAUCGAUGGUUCAAUACAGGUUAAGAGUUAUUUGCAAGGAAACCCCGAAAUUCGAUUGGGACUAAACUCCAAUAUCGUACUUGAAAGAGAUAAAGAUAUGUCAAGAAGUGAUAGGUAUGGGAUUGUGUUUGACGAUUAUAAGUUCCAUGAUUCGGUGGAUCCUACAGAUUUUGAAGAACAUAAACGAAUGAUUAUUUUUCCACCGGAAGGAGAGGUUACGAUCAUGAACUUACCAUUUCGAGUUUUCCCAUCUGUCAUGCGUGUUUCAGGGUAUCCAAAUAGAAUGGACGUCACAAUUAGAAUUCGAACCGAUAUCCCUGAAGAUCGGUUCGCAAACAAAUGUACACUAACUGUACCUUUGCCGAGUGUAACUCAGAGUAUCUCUAACGAAAACAUGGACGGAUCGAAUGAUCAAUCAGUCCAAUAUGAUAAUCGAAUCAAAAAUGUCAUAUGGACGAUUAAUAAUCUACAGGGUGGCACAGAACAGUCAAUAAAAAUCAAGAUUACGGGAUCCGCUUCGUUUUCAACAGCUGCAGAAUUUGAAUCUUGA